AUGGAGUUGAGGCUUGAGGAGCCUGCACUUAGUAUGGCUAUGGCCACACAAACACCCACUGUUAGCCAACCUGAAAGUAGUUCAAAGAAAUCUAGGGCUCCUAGGGAAAAGAAAAACCCUUUCCUUGAAACAAUUAACCUCAUAGUAGAAUCAAUUGGUAGCCAUGCUCAAGAUGCUCCUACCAAACUGAAGUUCGUGCAAAAGAGAAAUGAGUUGGCUACCUCUAUCUCUGCAAAAGCUAUGCCAUCAGAACCUAAGACUCCACAAAAGAAAAAGGAGUUGAUUCCUAAGGAGGAUACAACUACACCUAAUGCAGAGGUUGAUAUCUGUAAGAAGGAAGAUAAAAGGACUCUCAACCAAAAUGUAUUAGAUAUUAUUCUCCAAUCAAGUUCAGACUGGAGGGAAAGUGAGACUUUUAGAGAUGAUUGUGAGCAUUGUGGGGAUGCCAACAUCCCUAUUUCAAGUUUGGUGAAUGAAGCUUGCAAACUGGCCAAGUAUGCGAAAAAGAACAGGAUUACAUCCAGAGAGAUUCAGGCCGCUGCAAGGCUUCUCAUUCCCGGAGAAUUGUCUAAGCAUGGCGUGUGGGAGGUUAUAUUGCCUGUUUACUUCCUGGCACAGGCUUUAGAUGCUGUGUGUCGAUUUUUUACGGCAAUUUUCAUCCAUUUUGGAAUACAAAAUUUUCAAUAA